AUGAAGGGCAACAGCAGGCGAAAGCUGGACCAGGGAACCUUCAUGGCCCAGGUGCGUGAGUGCAGGGACAAGGGCUACCUGCUCUCACCCAAGAAGAUCGGCUCCGGGGCCUUCUCCAAAGUCUACCUGGCCUACGCCACGCAGGAGCGCGUGCAGCACAACCCCCGGCUGGCCUCGGACCUGCGGGGCAAGCGCCACAGCAUGGUGGCCAUCAAGAUCGUCUCUACUGCCGAGGCCCCUGUGGAGUUGGCCCAAAAGUUCCUGCCCCGAGAGAUAUCAUCACUCAAUGCCACGUACAAGCACCUGAAUGUGGUGCAGCUGUACGAGACCUACCACAACAGCCAGCGCGCCUACCUGGUCCUGGAGCUGGCGGGCCGCGGCGACCUGCUGGAGCACAUCAACACGGUGUCCGACCACCGCCGCUGCCCGGGGCUGGAGGAGAAGGAGGCCCACAGGCUGUUCUGGCAGCUGGUCAGCGCCGUGGCCCACUGCCACAGCUCGGGCGUCGUGCACCGGGACCUGAAGUGCGAGAACAUCCUGCUGGACGACCAAGGCUUCCUGAAGCUGACAGCAGAUAAUCCGGCGGAGCCUAGAGAGGACUUCGAGCGCACCAGGCGGCUUCGGCAGCUGCGUCGCCCGCAGCAGCAGGGGACCCCCAAGAGUGCCUCCGGCCCAGCGCCCCCGCCCCCGGAGGCCCGCCCUGGCCGAGGGGCGGGCUCUGCCUCUGCUGGGCCCGGGCUCCAGAGCAUCGCGAAGGCCAGCCCCCUUCGCCAUGGGCCCCCUCCGCUGUGCUCCCCGAGCGCCCUCAGGAGCGCGCCGGGGCACCGCCUGGUCAGCCGAGGGCAGUGGGUGGACAGGGUGGAGGCCACAUAA